GCACGGUUACGCGCUCUUGUUUUCUUCUUCGUUAAUCAACAGAAAUAACGCGUCCUUUAAUCAUUUUAAUUUGUUUCCUACAAAUUAAAAGUAGUAUACUACAUAUCAUAUCAUAUCAUAUCCAAUAAUGCAAGUAUGCAACCAAAAUUUCAAUGCUAGUUCUUGUCGUUUAUUACAGAGAUUCGUUGAAUAAUCUGCUGAACUCGCCUACUCUUUCUACCCUUGAAAUCCUUAAUUUCCCCCUUUAUCUCUCUAUUCUUACUGCUUCAGCUUUCACAUACCAUUCCAUCAUCUAGCUGUAAAACUCUGAUUAAUAUCUAAAUUUCGCGUUGUUGUUAUCUGGGUUCGCUUGUCUUAUGGGGAAUUUCGAUUGAAACUCCAGUCUUUUUCAUUCACCCUUAGACUUUAGUUAGUAUUCGUUGAGAUUUUUGAAAUUUAGCGAUCGCUACCUUCUAAUUUUAUCAGUCUAAUUGUGGGGCUUCGACAAUGGAAUUUCUAUCUCGUAUUUCUUGUCGUAAGCGCUCGAAAUUUCGCGGAAGUUUCAAUGGGCUCUGCGUAUUGGUCUUGCUUGUUUUCAUCGUGUACAAUGAUGGGGUUGUUCACAAUCCAUUCUCAGAGAAGCCCUCGUUGAAUUAUCACCAGAAGACAGGCUUGAGUAAUGAUUAUCUUGGGCAUGGUGCUAAUUCAUCGAUUAUUGAUCCGAUCAUGCAGAGUAAGAAUCUGCAGUCGAGCAAAAAUCCAACAAUUUGCACCGAAAUUUAUGAACAUAGUGGAUUUAGUAACGAAUGCGAGUAUUUGAGAGCCAAUCCAGACUGUAAUUCUGGAGGGUUUCUCAAUUACCUGGUUUUCUUUUACUGCGAUUGCGAAAAAGUUAAGCCUUUGGGAUAUGCAGUUUUGGGGAUUUGGUUACUUGCACUGUUCUAUCUGUUGGGGAAUACUGCAGCUGAUUAUUUCUGUUGUUGUUUAGAAAUGCUUUCGUGUUUGUUGAAAUUGCCCCCUACGGUUGCAGGGGUCACUCUGCUCCCGCUGGGGAACGGGGCUCCCGAUGUGUUUGCUAGCAUUGCUUCUUUUGCAGGCCAGGAUUCGGGCGAUGUGGGGCUGAAUAGUGUGUUAGGGGGGGCUGUUUUUGUCACCUGCAUUGUCGUUGGGACCGUGUCGUUGUGUGUGGCUGAUAAGAAUAUACAGAUUGAUAGGAAGUGUUUCUUGAGGGAUGUGGGCUUCUUCCUCAUUGCCAUUGUGUCACUUUGCGCUAUCUUGGCUGUGGGUGAGGUGAGCCUUGGAGGAGCUAUAACUUUUGCAUUGAUAUAUGUGGUUUACGCAGUCUGUAUUGCUGCAAGCGAGAUGUUUAGGAAGAAGCGUGACAGGAUGUUGGGUUUGGAUGGUGGUGGGAGGCCUUUGUUGCCACUUUGUGGGAAUGCAGAGGAGGACAUUGACAUUGAGCAUCCCCUGCUUGAAUCUGCUGAUGAUGCUGUGCCGUUUCUUCAGAAAUCAAAGCUUCCGCAUUGGAUGUGGACUUCAAACGUUGCAAUUUACUCCAACGAGGCGGGAAAAGCAAGUGAUGACGAGGGUGGGAAAGUUGUGUGGGGCUGGAAUGAGGAGGAGGGGGAUGCUACGGGUGCAGAAGCGUGGUUCUCCUGGUCCGGUCUGUACUCGUUGCUAGAGAUGCCGUUGGCAAUCCCUAGAAGGUUGACAAUCCCCAUUGUUGAGGAGGGGAGGUGGUCGAAGACAUGUGCUGUUGCUAGCGCUUUCUUUGCUCCCAUCUUGGUAGCCUUCCUCUGGAGCUCUGCCAAUGCACUAGGCUUUAUAGCAAACGAGGCUCUGUAUCUCACCGGUGUUGUAGUUGGCGCCACGCUAGGGCUCCUCGCGCUUAUAUUUACCACAGCUGAUCACCCACCUACCAAGUUCUUGCUCCCAUGGGUUGUGGGGGGUUUCUUGAUGAGCAUUGUGUGGUUCUACAUGAUAGCGAAUGAGCUCGUGGCGUUGCUUGUGGGGCUGGGUGUGAUCAUGAGGAUCAAGGCGUCGCUGCUGGGGCUGACCAUCUUGGCAUGGGGAAACUCGAUGGGCGACCUGAUGUCGAAUGUGGCGAUAGCUCUGAACGGGGGGCAUGGGGUGCAGGUAGCUAUGUCCGGGUGCUAUGCAGGGCCGAUGUUCAACAUCCUGGUGGGGCUGGGGGUGUCGUUGCUCAUCGGAGCAUGGUCGGAGAAACCGGGGUCGUACGUGGUGCCGGAGGAUAGCAGUCUGUACUUGACUCUGGGUUUUCUUAGCCUGGGGCUUGUUUGGGCAGUGGUUGUGCUGCCACGGAAUGAUAUGCGGCCUAAUAGGCUGUUGGGGGCGGGCCUAAUGCUAAUCUACUUGGGAUUUUUAAGUUUGAGAGUGUGCAUUGCCAUGGCCGAAGGAUCAACCACUUGAUGCUUCAAUUUUAUUAUUUGAGUGUGUAAUCUUUCAAAUACUGGAAAUUAGGUUGUGUAUAGAGUUGACGUUCCACUGUUGAUUAUUAGAUUGGUUUGCUUAACUAGCUAGUGUUUGUGUGUAAAGGAACGCAACAGAUUUGAAGCUAUACAAUCCCAAGUUAGGAAUGUUUCUCUA